CCAUAUUAUAGCAUCUUAUUUAUUGCAACAUGCUCACUUAUCUUGGAUACAGACUUCAUUAAUUGGCUUCGCGCAUAAAGUCACAUUUUCUCUAAAAUCGGUUUUGCCGAAACUACUGAAUAUUUUAUGGAUACUUGUUAGCACAUUCGAUUGCGCCAGAAAAUAAAAUAUACGAUAAGACUAAUGUAGACGUAAAUUUACGUGCAAAAUUUAUCAUUUGGCAUAAACCAGUAUACUGAAUGCGAGCAAAUCUGGGCACAGACAAGUGCCAAAUCUAGGUUUUUCAUUAUUUCUUUUUUCUGUUGCAUAUUGAAGCUGCGGCUCAAGAAAAAUUUAUACGAUCAUUUAAUUUUUUACACUUUAUGUUGUGUAAAUAUUUAAUUUUUAUUAAAAUACGACGUGAUAAUGUUUUUUUUUAAGAAAUCAUAUUCAGGCGUAAUUAGAACAAGUUAACGGAAUGUUUUAAUAAUUUGAUCAUUCGCUGUUAACAUCAUCCUUCAUCGGGAUGUUUCUGGAAGUUCUGAGCCAUUGCAAGUCAGAACAAUCCUUCGAGGGCCGAUGUUGAGAUUCACCGAGGUGAAUGAGAAUGUUCGAGAUGUCACCGGGGCAUCGGUCGUGUGUAUUGCGUAAGAGAGUAAUUGCGAACAUACGCAUAUGCGUACGGCGGAAAGAUCAGACGGGGAUGUGCAGGAAGAGAGAAAAACGCGAGAGAUGAGAUCAUCUCUCCUCUCCGGCCGCACGUUCGGCUUGGCGCGGCAUCGCGCCGCGACAUGCCUCAGAUGCAGCAGUCAGUACCGGUCCAGCGACCGAUUUGGAGGGCUGUUCUCUUCUCGAUCUUUCUUACCGAAGUGAACCGCGUGAGGAACAGAGACGGUUUUGUAAAGAAAAUCAACGCGAGGUAUGGCCGCCCUGUGAUUUUCCAUUCCGCAUCUCGAGAUGAGAUCGUUAUUGUGCAGUUCUACGUAUACCGAUCGACGUAUACCGAUUUUCCAGCUCUAUCCAUUGUUUUCUUCGUCGAUUGACAUAAAUCGCAAUGUCGGCCAAGCUGCAGCUGCUGGUGGUUGCGUUGUUUCUGGCGGUUCUCAUAGUGGAUGUGUCCCCCGCCCAGCACAGAAGGAAAUCUCGGCGUCGUACGACAACGACGGAGGCAUCAGUACAAGAUGAGAUCAUGAACAUGCUGGAGGCUGACGAAAUAGCCGAGGAGGCGGCGGCGGAGGAGGCUGAGGUCACUCAUGAAAAUGGCAGAAACGAAGCUGGAUCGAAGCAGCGUUUGCUCCAGGCGGAUCCGUGCAUCGACAAACAUUGCGGCGCUGGUCGAGUUUGCCAGAGCACGGAGGAGGGCACGGCCGAGUGCGUUUGUGUGGAGUUCUGCAACCAGGAGGUCGAUCCACGUCGCAAGGUAUGCACCAAUUAUAAUGAGACCUUCGGCAGCGACUGCGAGGUCCAUCAGGCACGUUGCUUCUGCGACACCGGUGACGCCAGGUGCAGGGGUCCCGACUAUCAACAUGUCCACAUCGUGUAUUAUGGCGAAUGUCGACAAAUACCUAUGUGCAAAGAAGAUGAUAUGGCCGACUUCCCCAGGCGAAUGCGCGACUGGCUGUUCAACAUCAUGCGCGAUUUGGCGGAUCGUCAGGAAUUGCCGUCGCAUUACUUAAAGAUGCAACGCGAAGCGGAGACCAAUCACACCUUGCGUUGGACGAACGCGGCCAUUUGGAAGUGGUGCGACCUGGACGGUCAUCCGCACGAUCGGGCGGUGUCUAGGCACGAACUCUUCCCGAUCAAGGCACCCUUGAUGGCCCUCGAACAUUGUAUCGCGCCCUUCCUCGACUCUUGCGACGUCAAUGACGAUCACAAGAUCACGCUGCUCGAGUGGGGCAAAUGUUUGCAGCUUGAUGAGGAUGACAUAGAGGACAAGUGCGACGAGCUGGCAGAGGCGAACCAAGAGCAAUAUUAGAAGAACCUCCUUGGAGGAAGACGACAGCGCAAACGAUGCGGCGGAUGCAAGAGCGGGAUGCAAGAGCGAGACGGGACGCGAAGUGAACACAAUAGCGAGGGGCAA